GGUAAAUAUUGCCUAUGCGCGUUAAAUUCUGGCAAGACUCAGCUGAUAUGUAGCUCCACGAUUUUGGCAUCAAUUUCCUCGCAAGUUCAACCCAUGAACUCUUCUGUAAGAACGCUGACAAGGGGAUCUCAACACUCGAGUUUUCCUAUCUUGAGAGAAGCGUUUCCCACGAAGAACAGAAGACUUAUCCGUGUAAACUCAACGGCAAAAGAUGUUGAGCUGCAAGCAGAAGUGUCAACAAAAUGCUUUUUCGAUGUAGAAAUUGGAGGUGAACCAAUUGGUAGAAUUUUGAUAGGACUUUUUGGAGAUGUUGUUCCAAGAACUGUUGAGAAUUUCCGAGCCUUGUGCACAGGAGAGAAGGGAUAUGGGUACAAAGGAUGCUCCUUCCAUAGGGUGAUUAAAGAUUUUAUGAUUCAAGGAGGGGACUUCACAAACGGCGAUGGAACUGGAGGUGUUAGUAUCUAUGGUUCCCGGUUCCGUGAUGAGGAUUUUUCCUUGAAGCAUGUAGGGCCUGGUGUACUUAGCAUGGCUAAUGCUGGACCUGAUACGAAUGGAAGCCAAUUCUUCAUCUGCACUGUAAAGACUCCAUGGUUGGACAAUCGCCAUGUCGUGUUUGGACAUGUUAUCGAAGGAAUGGAUGUUGUGCGAAAAAUUGAAUCGCAAGAAACAAGCAGGUUAGAUAUUCCUCGCUUGCCAUGCAGAAUCGUUAAUUGCGGAGAACUAAAGGUUGAUGGAUGAUUGAUUAGCCUUGUUAUAACUUCAGCUAUUGAAUUCUUUGGGGCUUAGGUGUGCAUCAUAUUUGUUCUGAGUCAAGAAUAACAUUACGGAAUUGUUUAUUUUUGGGAGUCACAUAUUGACGGAUGAUUAGGCUUGUUGUAUGCUCUAGCUGGUGUAUCUUUCUGAUCCAUUUUUUCCCCUUAAAAAGUUCCUGUUCUAUAUCUAGUUUUUUUUAGGGUGGCAUACAUGAGAGAUUUGUUCUGUCGGCUACAAGUAGCAAGAGAUGUAUUAUUAUCCCAGCAUAUCGAUACUUCACACUGUUAGAUUCGAGUAGAUUGGGAACCAUUACAGCGUAUUCGUAGUUAAUAGAGGACAAAUGAAGUAUAAUUUCGUUCA